GAAGAAGUGGGAAAUGGUUGACCUGAGCGAACACGUUCAGGGACCGCCCCGGGCUAUGGCUGUAGAGACCUCUGCUGCACAGAACCAAUCAAGCGAUGAGGGCUCGUAUGAUUUCCUCGAUUCUCAACAAGGUACUCCGACCGCCGCUUCGUUCGGUCAAAUUCCUCACCAUCCUCCUUCCAGGAAGGAGAAGCUUAAAUACGAGUUCCAUUCGCCCUCCGAGCUUCUGCAGGAUGUCAGCGUGCACCAGGAGUUGCCACCAUCCCCAGAAAUUGGCCCCCUUCCCUCAGCAGAAGGUUCUGCAGUUGGUGUGAAAGAAGAUAUUGGAAGUGAGCGCGUGGAGGCUCUCCCAUCACUUCCUGAAGUACGCCCGUCUACGCCUGAAGACAGA